AUGAACGAUGAAACUAAAGUCCUGUUAUUGAAGCUUCUUCUAUUGUUUGUCGCUAUUGGUUCUGUAGUCCUCUUUUGCUUUUUUGCUGAGAAAUGCACAAAGAAAAUCAGUGAUAGAGAUCCGGAAUCUGCAGAACCUGAUAUUGCGAUAGAAAACAAUGCUUAUGACAGUCAUAUACCUCUGGAAAUCAUACAACCAAAAGAGGACCAGCCACCAUCAUACGAAGAAGUCAUCAAUGGGCAAUCCAUAGAACUGUAA